CGAUCCCCCUCUCCUCCCAUCCUAGAGGACAGAGCGAUGCGGAGACAAUAGGACGCAGAGCCGGAGGAGUCUGCAGGAUGCUCGGCGCCACAUCCACCGUCACAAGGCUGCACGGAGGCUUUUCACAGGAGAUCAGGCGUUCCUCCCGACUCACCUGGCCUUAGUAUGCUCUCAGACCAUCCCGUGUGUUCACCGGCAGCUUGGACUGACAGUGCGGACUCCACAGCCUCCAUAUGGGAACCAAUUGAAUGUGAUACCAGCUGUUAGCUGUCCCACCUGAGCGUCUGUUUCCCAGUUUUUUCUCCUGGUCCGUCCCCUAAAGCGGUCCCUAGCAUGAGUUCUUCUCCGCUGGUAUCUCGAGCCAACAUGGACAUCCUGGACGAGCUGCAGCUGAUCGCAGCCCAGAACCUGGAGAGGCUGGAGGUCAACAAGUACUACGAGGUGAUCAGGGAGCUGGGCAAGGGCACCUAUGGCAAGGUGGAUCUGGUCAUUCACAAGAUCAGAGGUACAAAAAUGGCACUGAAGUUCCUGAAGAAGAAGACAACAAAGCUGAAGUCGUUCCUGCGGGAGUACAGCAUCUCACUCUACCUGUCCCCCUGCCCUUUCAUCAUCAACAUGUUCGGCAUCGCUUUCGAGACAGAUGACUACUAUGUGUUCGCACAGGAGUACGCUCUGGCAGGGGACCUUUUCGAUAUCAUUCCUCCACAGGUUGGUCUUCCUGAGGCAGUGGCAAAGCGCUGUGUGCACCAAGUAGCCAUCGCUCUGGACUACCUGCACUGUAAGAAGCUGGUCCACAGGGACAUCAAGCCUGAAAACAUCCUCAUUUUUGACCGAGAGUGCCGCAAAGUUAAGCUGUCUGAUUUCGGCAUGACCCGCCGAGCUGGCUCACCUGUGAAAAGAGUGAGUGGCACCAUUCCAUACACCGCCCCGGAGCUCUGUGACGUUUCCCGCCACGAGGGUUUCUGCGUGGACUACAGCACUGACGUUUGGGCCUUCGGUGUGCUGCUCUUCUGCAUGCUGACUGGCAACUUCCCCUGGGAGAAGGCGCUGCCCUCUGACUCCUUCUACCAGGAGUUCAUCCGCUGGCAGAGGAGGAGGACAAACACGGUGCCGUCCCAGUGGAGGCGCUUCACUGAGCAGGCCCUCCGCAUGUUUCGGCGGCUGCUUUCCGUGGAACAGGACCGCCGCUGCUCCGUCAAAGAGGUUUUCGGGUAUUUCAGCCACUCCUGGAUGCUGGACGCAGAGAACAACACCAACAAUGGCAACAGCAACAGCGGAGGUGGUGGAGAGAGGGUGGGCGGCGGAGGAGGAGGAGGAGGGGCGCGGGAAGAGGUGGAAGGCACUAUCUCGUCAUCUUCAUCUGGGGAGGAAGAUGAGGAGCUCCUUGUGGAGAGGAUGAAGCAGCAGACUUUAUCUCCUCUCUCCCCGCUGUCACCUCUCUCUCCCAUGUCUCCGGUGGCAGUGGAGAGGGGCAGUGGUGGCGGGGCUAAGGGCGGCAUGAUGGAACCAGGCGGUGGCCACCAUUUUGUGUCCGUCUCCACCAACAGCUCUGUGUCAUCCACCAACAGCUACGAUCGAAUGCCGCGAGAAAACAGUUCCCCAGGUGGCCGCAUGCUGGUGGCCACGCCUAUUGAAAUCUGCGUCUGAGUGCGUCAGAACGUUGAUGUUUUCACAGAUCCACUGGUAGACACUUUUUAUACCUCUCAUCCAAAUGUGCAUGCAUGGAAAAAGAAACAAACUGAUAAUGAGUACUAACAUGUAUCCUGUUAUAAACAUCUUGGGAAAGGAAGAGCACAUGAAAGACUUAACAGAGAGUAUUUGUAGAAUGCGUACAUUUUGCAUGAGGUAGGGUUUUUGGUCAAAUUGGAGUCAAAAGACUCCAUGAGAAGCCCCAUGUACACCUUGAUUUCAAUGGUGUGUGCAUUUGCAGUUUCGUGAAACCCAGAGGAAAAAUGAAAAAUUGCUACCAUUAGAGAUUCUGUCAGUUUGCCAUCCGAAAAGAAGACCAAAAUGUAUUUCUUAAAGCAAUACUUUCAGCAAAAAAAGGCAAAUAGAGACAAAAGUGGCAGAGUACUGUCAGGACGUCACUGGGUGUCAUUUUUGAAUGAAGCCAAGGGACAAAGGAUUUGUAUUUUUGAGAAGACUAAAACGGAGUUCAAGGAAAUACCUUGUAAGAUAAAAACGGACAAGCAGUGGUUUUAAAUGUUUCAUGUGUGACAAAAAUGUGAAAGUGUGAGUGUGUUGUGUGUAUUACGGUGUUCCGUUUGUUGGAAUCCAAAAGAAGUGGAUUUAUUUUGCUUUGAGAAUUUUAAUAUUUAUUUUAAUCUAAAAAGACUACACACUAUUUUUUCUAUUGUUUUUUUUUUAUAAAACAGCUUUCUUUGUUUUUCGUUCAACUUCACAUUGUAUUUUGGUGUUCUGGCAUAGCUGUGCCAAAUCUACUUCCAUUUGGUUGGCUGCUGUACAUAUUGGUAUUCAUACCAAUAGUUGUAUUUCAUCUAUGAGGUUUGACCCCAACAUUUUU